AUGUCUGGAAAUCUUGGGCCUCCUAAGCUCACCUUCCGGACCGCUGUUCCAGCAGAUGCAAGCCACCUGGCUUCUAUCAUCAACGCUGGCUUCCGAAAUGAAAAGACUGGGCAGACAUGGAUUUUCAACGACCAGUCCCGAAGAGUCGAUAUCGUAUCGGCGAACGACACCGCCAAUAUGAUAGCCGGCCCAGAUACAGUCAUGCUCACAGGCAACAUUCCAAGCGAACUCCGGCCAGUCGCAUGUUGCUUCUUGCAAAGGCCUUCUGAUCCUGCGCAAGCCCACAUGACGACCGGCGCUGCUUGGUUCGGUCUGCUUGCUGUACAACCAAAGUACCACCAUCGAGGCUAUGGCCGGGCCAUGCUUGCUGAGGCAGAAGAAUUUGUGCAGCAAAAUUGGAACGUCAAACGCCUGGAGAUGGACUAUGUAAAUGCACGCACCGAGCUUCGCGCGUGGUAUGGCCGCUGUGGAUAUCAAGAGACUGGGGCAAAACGAGACUUCCGCUAUGGCGAUAGAGGACGUGAAAUUUUCGCGGACGGGCUGGAGAUGAUCGUCCUUGGAAAAGACUUGACGCAGGCUACGAGCGUUUCUUGA